AUGUUUCCGCCGUUGGAAGUACUGAAUGACGGAGGGGGAGAGCAGAAGGUCGAGGAGAGAAGUAGUAAGAGCAAGAGCAAGAGAAGAGACAGAGCAAGGAGAGGACAAGAAGUGUUAGAGAAGGGAGAGGCAGGUAAAGAGAAGAAAGAGUGUGAGAAAGGAGUAAACAGGAGAGGAGAGAUGCAGAGAGGAGGAGAGGUAGAGACGGGAGGUAGAAGUAAGAAAGAGGAAGGACGAAAGAGAGGAAAGAAGGGGACAAGAAGGGAGGAGGGGAGAGGAGAAACAAGAGAAGUGGGUGAGAGGAGCAUGAGCGGUGAGACGAGAGAGGAGAGAAGGGGGAGUAGUUAA